AUGCUUUGGCUCAAAGACACGUCCAAGUCGCUGUGGUCGGUGUCAGACAGCAUUUUAUUGCUCGAAAGCUUGUCAACAAGUGGACUGGCAACUCAACGAAUGAAAUUGGUGCAUGAGUCCUAUUCGAUGGAUCAGAUGCUGCCGAUGAUCAAUCAUAGCUGUGACCCUAAUUGUGCUAUCACAUUCGUUUCAAAGACUCUGGACAUGGAAAUUCGAGCGAUGAAGCCUAUCAAGUCUGGCGAAGAGAUUACACAGACUUAUGUUGAUAUUGCACUGCCACGCCGAGCUAUGGACGCAGGAACGCCAGGAUGA